AUGGCUGCGGAGCUGUGGCCAUGGCUCAACGCCACGAUGGAGCUUUGGAGCUCCUUGCUGGGCUGCCAGGCCUGCACCUUCAAGAGCUCCGAGGAGGAGAUCCUUGUUGAAGCUCACGACACAGAGGAAAUGCCACAGGCCUCCGAUGCAAAUGUUUUCCGGUGCAUCCAGUGCCGACGUCUUUCAGCAGACGAGCCUCUCCAAGCAGUUGUGGCCCACAAGCCUACGCAAGUUCGUGGCUGCGCACAUGGGCCGUUCUGCGGACGGUGUGCAAGCAGCGUGCGCAAGCAGGUGUUGGGCCUUUGCGUCUGCCGCGCUUUGGUUUCAGAGUUCCGCCUUUGA